AUGGCAAGACCAAGGUCUGAAAAUUUAUUAUUGAUCAUAGCCUUAAUUCCGUCUCAACCGACCAUGGAAUUUCUUAUGAAUCAUACAAGAGAAAAACAAGACAGUGUUCUCUCACAACGGAUUCCUCAUUCAGAAAAGGAAGGAUCAUUUUUUCGCAUCUGUUUCUCUGUUAAUGUCCUAUGUACUAUCAUAGGGAGUUUUAUGGUAUGUGUCGUGAACAUCAAAAACAAAACUAUGCUUCGAAGUCCUUACAACGUGAAUAUAUUUCACCUGGCUAUAACUGACUUGCUGGUUUCAUUCGUCACUUUUUUGACACCAGGAUUUAUCUUUGAAGAAAUUCCUCCCGCGCCCAAGGGAAGAGUAAGUGGGGAGAUAUUUUGUCGCCUUAUUUCGUCGCACUUCUUAACAUUUUGGAGCGCAACUACCUCUAUCUACAUCACAGUCGCACUUGCCAUAGAACGUUGGUACGCUGUCACAAAACCUCUCCAAUACCGCGCAAAAUUUCAUAAAAAACGUCUUGUCUGCGAGGCCUUUGUAAUAUGGGCGUUAUCCCUAUUUGCAAACUCUUUGCUGCUGUUUGAAGUAAAAUACAACCCAGAGGAAAGAGCAACUUCAAAACGCUGCGAAAUCGCCAAGAUUCCUUUGGUUGUGCCAGCUGUCUACAAGUUCCUUGGGAUUGCUCAAUUCGCGUUCAAAUUUGUCAUCCCGUUCGCGAUAAACUGCAACUUGUAUACACGCGUUUUGAACGCAACCGCAAAGUCACGAGUAUUGAGCCGCAGAAUGGGACAGGACAUGCGCAACAACAUCAGUCGGAUGGCAACUGUUUCCACCUUGGUGUUAGCUUUGUGUUGGUUGCCAAAUCAGAUUUACUACUUGUGUUUCGCCUUCGACCUGGUUCGCCUCAACACUCCAGCGCAUUUUUCUACUAUUGUGAUUGCAUUGAUCAAUCCAUUCUUAAAUCCGUUGAUUUUCGCUUUUCACUCUGUGCAAUACCGGCUUGGAUUCAAAAACCUGUUUUGUGGAGAAUAUUUUAGACGAGGUAAAAUAAUACUCGAGAACAGACCGGGCCUACCACAUAAGGCUCAUUUUUUAAAACACAAUGUCCCUGAUGGCUUUAAGGUGCCUUCGUCACCUAUUCUACCUCAUACGUCUAUCCACAAAAGCCUCUCGGGGGUAGUAGUAGUCUAA